CCUCAUCAGAACACAAGAGAGAGCAACAGAGUGAGAGAUCAAGAGAGAAAAACAAAUAACAAUGGAGGGGAAAAUAACUCACAGAACGGUAAGUGUGAAUGGCAUAGAAAUGCACAUAGCGGAGAAAGGGAACGGCCCAGUUGUGCUCUUCCUCCAUGGCUUCCCCGAGCUCUGGUACUCCUGGAGGCACCAGAUCAGUGCCCUCAGCUCCCUGGGGUACCGUGCCGUGGCACCUGACCUACGUGGCUACGGCGACACCGACGCUCCGGCAGAUGUCGCCAGCUACACGUGUCUUCAUGUUGUUGGUGACCUUGUUGGCUUGGUGGACGCUCUAGGUGUGGAGCAGGUGUACCUGGUGGCACAGGAUUGGGGGUGCUUGAUGGCUUGGUACUUGUGCUUGUUUAGACCGGAGAAAGUUAAGGCAUUUGUUUGCCUUGGCGUGCCUUUUAGGCCAAGGAAUCCCAAGAUGAAGCCUGUUGAGAGCAUGAGAGCUUUCUUUGGAGAUGACUACUAUAUGUGCAGAUUUCAGGAACCAGGGGAAAUUGAAGCAGAGAUGGCUCAGGUUGGGGCAUCAGCAGUAUUAAAGAAAAUUUUAACAACUCGGAAGCCGGGUCCACCGUUCUUGCCUAAAGGAAAGGCAUUCAGAGCUGAUCCUGAUGCUUCAGUCACCUUGCCCUCUUGGCUCUCAGAGGAAGACCUCAACUACUAUGCCACAAAAUUCAAACUUAAGGGCUUCACUGGAGGGUUGAACUAUUACAGAAAUCUGGACAUAAACUGGGAGCUGAUGGCGGCGUGGGACGGGGCAGAAGUGAAAGUUCCAGUAAAGUUCAUAGUUGGAGAUUUGGACAUGGUUUACACAACCCCGGGUACAAAGGAAUAUGUACACAAUGGUGGCUUCAAGAAAGACGUUCCAUAUCUGCAGGAAGUUGUAGUCAUUGAAGAUGCUGGUCACUUCAUCAGCCAGGAAAGAGCUGAGGAAAUCAGCACCCACAUCUAUGACUUCAUUCAGAAAUUCUAGUCCGCUUUCGUUAUGUUCUCUAGACGCAUUAAGCUUUCUUGCUAAUUAAGAUUUACUCAACUUUUGCCUCCGUUGAAUUCAAGUGGAUUCUGGCUUAAGACUAGCGAUGGCCUUCUUUAACAGAUUCUAAUUCUUCAA